CCCCCCCCACAUUAAUAGGCUGUCUGUUCAUAAUCCACAUUCAUGUAGUUAAUGUCAAUGGUUUCCAGCCUCAAACCAGCUGCACACCUGCAAUGGAGCGUUUGGCAUGUGAACUGCUCUGACUCACACUUGAAGGGCUUCACCUCAUCACUUCCCUCCAGUGUGUUUAGAGCAGGAAAAUCUCUGAACCGUUGCCCUGCUGGUCUAGGAUCAGUGAGAUAACAGCUUAAGCCAGUCGAGCCGUGAUUUACGCCAAAGUGUAAAUUCAACUUUCUGCUCACGCCACCUUGCAGAAGUACGGCACAAGACUUUUCUCCAAAUAGCGUUUAGCACAGAAGCCGGAAAACUAUAGUGACUUCAAAAGCACUAUAGUGACUUCAAAAGCACUAUAGUGACUUCAAAAGCACUAAUGCGCUUCACACAAAGUCACUUCCCCGCUGCAAACAAUAAGAGCACAUAGAACACAGUCAGGAUCCUGUUAUCCAAUGAUAUUUACUGAAUUUGCAUGUGUUUCCAUAUUUGCUUGUUACUUUGCAUAUUUAAUCUAAAACACUGUAACAUAUGCAAAGUGAUUUAGUAAAUCACAGCUCGUUUUCAGUUGAACCGAUCGUUAUGAUACAUGUAUUUACUUGUGCUGUGGUGACUCCAGACUACUAACCAGAGAUUUAACAGGACUUGAGCUAUCGGUCAGCUUUUGCCAUUUUCCACAUGGGAGCACAUAAGCUAACACUGAAUGCAGUGUGUUUCAGUACCAGUGGACCAGUCUGGUGAGAGGACGCUGGUGCAUGCAUCGUGCAAUGUUUGAAGCCUUGCUUGUUGUGAUUACGUGCAGCCUGCUGUGUGAUCCUGAACGGGUGAAUUUGAUGGAAUAUCUGGAUUCGGGUCCAGCUCUGGAUUCAUGCACUACCUUAGCACAUGAGCAUGGAUUCAGGAUUGGUUAGGCCUUUGGCCCUCGGGAUCUACAGGCACAAUGGGAACCCGAGCCUUGAUACACUCACUCCCUUGCCUGGCGCUCCUCCCCGGGACUAUAUCUGCUCUUCAGCUAUGAAAACCGAGAUUCAGACACACCCAAGCCUGCAAGGGUCCUUGGAUAACGAUACAGGCCAGGAUUGGGCUAUGCAGAUGGGGAUACUGACUGUAAUUCAUCACCUCACUUCAGUUUACAAAAAAGAAGGGACAAAAGAAAAAUGAAAAAUGUGUCACACAAACAAAUUGUUUUAGGCUGCAGUAAACACGACAGGAAAUGAUCAGGAAAUGGGAAAUGAUCAAUUAUGUACCACCCCACCCACCUCACUCGUAUUCAAUUCCGAAUAACCUCAACAUUUUCUUUUUUAUCGUUUAGCACCAUAAGCCAAAAACAAAUCAAUUUGAACAUUUAAAUGUUCGCAUACAAUGAAUGUGUAUUUGUGCAUAUCAGUCAUUAGUCUACUGAGUAGUCUGGGGAAAGAUUUAUUCUGACAGUUGAUAGACUUCCCAAUGGAGCUUUUACCAUAAAAUAACUCGAAAUAAUGAUUUUAUAUUGGCACCCUUGUGCUCCACCCGUCAAGUUUGCUCUUGGGGAAUUUUUCAUAGACGUUUUAUGCUGAUGUGAAAUUAUAAAUGGUGUGAUUUUGAAAGCUUCGUGUCUCUUGUUUGUAUACCAGUCGCACCGGGUUCAUUUAAACUUUUUUUGGACUUUUUCUUCCCCUCUUGAACGUAUCACCGUUAGAUGGCACUGCACACACGGUCUUUGGGAAUAUCGUUAGAAAAGAGCGAAAGACUCGGUUUUGCUCGUAAUUUCAUUUCCACUUAGGACUAAAACACGCAUACCGUUUAUUGUUUAUUGAUUCUUGAGAUGCAUAUUAAAAAGUUUAUAAUCCAAGGGUGACUUUAUAGCCGCAUUCAUCUUGUCUGUGUGGAUGGUGUCAGGGUUAGACCACUCCCCUAAAGCUUUUCAGGUUUGUCUCGGAAAUAACAGACAAGCGACACUGUACGUAUAUUGUGCACAUUAAUUUACUGUCUGAAAUGUGACAUAUGGUGGAAUAAAUGCAUUGCUCGAAAUUUAGUGGAGGCACGUUGUGAGAAAUUCUUUGCAAGUGAGACGUCACUUUCACUAGCCAAGGUAAACCGAGCAUUCCCGAAAUCUGCCGACGUCUGUCGAGUCGUGCGUUCCUGCCGGACCGUCUGAGGCGGCCGCAACGCCACGCUGAGCGAACUCCUCGAUAUCAAUGAGAGAAUACUUUAAAAAUGAGGCGAAUAACGGCGUGAGGGAAGCCUGGAGACAGCCACCCGAAGAGCCGGAUUUAUACCGGGGUCCGCGAAGACACAGGGCGGAGAGGGGGGGGGGGGACCGAAACCUCUACCGUCCCAAUGAGCAGCGGAGCCUACAACCCCGAUCUUAAAAGCGACUAUACCGGAAAAAUGGCUUUUUUCCCCAAUAGCGAGAAAUACUUCUCCCACGGUGUAAGGAUUUAAGAAGACAGCCACCGAUUUCUGCCUACGUAUAGGUGCAAUCUGCGCCGAUAUUUCAGCCGCGUACUGUUUCCUUUUGUUUGUUUGUUUGGGGGUUUUUUUUGUUUGUUUGUUUUUUUGCGAUGAGUUUACCACCGAAAGUGGUGCCGAAACCGGCCGCCGGCGCAGUCGGUGGCCCUCUACCGGGGCCGUCGCCGUCGAGUCAGCUGCGGGCGACCCUGACCUCGGUAUCGUUACCACCGGGAGCCCCAGCCGCUCCGCAGCCGCCUGCCGUUCCGCCACACCAAAUCCCACGGGUGCCUCUGUCGUUGGAGGAGAGGAUAUUUCCUCCCCAGCCUGGGGUGACUGCAGUCUACAGUGUUCCAAGGCACCCUGGUCCUCAUUACCCAGGCCAUGAUCUGAGCAAAAGCCACCCUAGCCUGGCAGGGGCGGGGCCAGGGCCAGUCCACGCCCCUUCAUCCGCUCUGUCUCAGGUAUCUGCACCCCAAGCCCCGCCCUACCGCUACUUCAAAGGCUGGGAAGCAGGCGCAGGGCCCGCCUACGGCCCAUCCCAGAGUGCUGGCUCUGCACCCCUCAUGUACUCUCCACAGACUCAGCCAGUCAACAUGCAGCCUCCCAGUCGGCCGUUUGUGACGGCGUCCCGACCUGCCCACCACCAGGGAGGAUUCAGACCCAUUCAGUUUCUCCACAGGACUCAGAUGCAGGCGGUCCGGCCCUCCCUGGCCGCCAGCAGCCCGUCAUUGCGGGCCGGCUCUCAGGCGGCAGCGGCGGCGGCAGCCGUGUACUCAUCUAGUCAGCACAUCAUGAUGACUGUGAGCCCAGUACCGUUCCCCUCGCCCCAGACGGCCCAAUACUACAUCCCCCAGUACCGACCCAGCGCGCCCUAUGUCGGGCCCCCUCAGCAAUAUUCUGUACCACCCCCUGCCUCCGGAAACUUCUACCCCGGCCCCGGCCCCGGGGAAUAUCCUGCCCCUUACGCUGCAGGGCCAGCCUAUUUCUCAGGCCAGACAGUGUAUCCUUCCUCUACCCCCAUCAUAGUGCCUACAGCACCUCAACUUCCUCCACCUACCAAGCGUGAGAAGAAGCCAAUCCGCAUCCGGGACCCCAACCAGGGCGGGAAGGACAUCACAGAGGAGAUCAUGUCUGGGAGCGGACAUGCCACACCCCCUGUGGGCUGUCCCUCGAGCACCCCCACGCCCCCUCAGCAACGGAGUGCCAGUCAAACUCCAGAGCAGUCAGCGUACAGCGCGGAUCCACCCUACAGACUUAGCCCGGGGGCGGCAGAUUGCAAGCCCACUGCAGAGGACAAGCCCAGAGCAGUUUCUGGGCCCCAUAAGUCAUCAUCAUCAUCAUCUGGACUCAGGCCUCCACAGCCCUGCACAAACCAAAAGGACACUCCGAGUCUCCCUUUAUUGAACUCUCCUUCUUUCCCGGACCCGGAGGUGUCUGGAGCGCCCUCUAGUGCCCCUCUUCCACUCGGCAGCUGCAAGCCCACCGCUGCAGGAGAGCCAGAAGAGAUUCAGUCCUGUGCGGUCCUUGCCCGGUGCCCGCCGGCCCUCCCAGAUGACCCUCUUCCGGGGUCUUGCCCCAGUCCGCCAGCCUCCCCUUCUCCUCCCCUCAAAGUGGUCAACGGUUUGGCCGAGUCGCCGGCGCCCUCUCCUGGCCAUGACCAGGAGCUCCGCCUUCAGGAGACCCCCACUCCGCCUUUGCCCCAGCUGACCCUGAGCUCCCUCCUCACAGAGGAGCCUCGAACGCCGCCACCGCCGCCCCCUACCGACGAGAUCCCAGAGGAGCGGCCCGCAUCGCCGCCCGCCACCCCGAACACCUCGCUACCCUCCGCGGCCGCGCUAGCGUCCCCUCCUGGCCUGGCUGUGGUACUUCCGCCUCUUGCCAGCGAGACCAAUGAAGCCAGCAAGACCUCAGACAAUCACAGUGUCCACCUGAGAGCAGAAACCGCAUCACAGGGCUCUGGCCGCGCUUCUGACGCACAAGCUCAUUCCCGAAAGAUACCGCCAGCAGUUCAAGCUGUUUCUGCUACACCAAAGGGCUUCAAGAGACCAAAUGAAGGGAGCGUGACUCUAGAACCUUCGCAGGAGGAGAAGGAGGAGGCACCAAGCAGGGACGGCUCCGCCCGGGAGGUCUCUCGGUCGGCCUCGGAAGCCAGAAACGGCCCCUCCCCGGCUCCAGCGCUCCUGGAGAAGCCUUCCGUUCCGGCCGAGAAUGGGGAGACGGCGUCGGACCUGCUACGGAACGGAGACGAGCCGGAACGCCCAGAGGGCGGGGUCACUCCCGGGGAGAGGAGGGGCUCUACUGCAUCCCCACCCCCUCUGUUACUCGUUUCCGAUGCGCUUCUGCAGACCAAUGGCAAAAGGCAGUAUGACCGAGACUUCCUGCUGGGCUUCCAGUUUACGCCGGCCUGUGUGCAGAAGCCCGAGGGCCUGCCCCAGAUCAGCGACGUGGUUCUGGACAAGAUCAACCAAACCAAGGUGCCAACGAGAGCCGCGGACUCACGGCUCAUCUCCAGGGGGCCGGACUUCACGCCGGCAUUCGCUGAUUUUACAAGGCAGAUACCAGGAGGACGGGGUACAGCGCUCCUCUGUUUGAGUAACCGUCGCCCCCCGCCCCGGAAGAUAAUCACCAACGUCUCCGUUAACGACGACGUGCAGCUGAAGAAGGCGGAAAAUGCCUGGAAGCCUGGCGGGAAGAGGGAGGGACUCGCCGAGGACCCUGACACCCAGAAGACGCAGGAGCUCUUCCGGAAGGUGCGCAGCAUCCUGAACAAACUCACGCCACAGAUGUUCACACAACUGAUGAAACAGGUGGCAGAGCUGACUGUGGACACAGAGGAGCGCCUCAAGGGCGUCAUCGACCUGGUGUUCGAGAAGGCCAUCGACGAGCCCAGCUUCUGCCUGGCCUACGCCAACAUGUGCCACUGCCUGGCUACGCUGAAGGUGCCCAUGGCGGAUAAGCCCAGCACCACGGUGAACUUCCGGAAGCUUCUGCUGAACCGCUGCCAGAAGGAGUUUGAGAGAGACAAAAUGGACGACGCUGCGUUUGAGAGGAAGCAGAAGGAGCUUGAUUCUGCGGCAUCAGGCAGCGAGCGGGAGCGUCUACAGGAGGAGCUGGAGGAGCAGAAGGAUCGUGCUCGCCGACGCUCCACCGGCAACAUCAAGUUCAUCGGCGAGCUCUUCAAGCUGCGCAUGCUGACGGAGCCCAUCAUGCACGACUGUGUGGUCAAGCUUCUGAAACACCAUGAGGACGAGAGCCUAGAGUGUCUGUGCCGGCUCCUCACCACCAUCGGCAAGGACCUGGACUUCGAGAAGGCCAAGCCUCGCAUGGACCAGUACUUCAACCAGAUGGAGAAAAUCGUCAAAGAGCGCAAGACAUCGUCUCGUAUUCGCUUCCUUCUUCAGGACGUGAUUGACCUGAGAUUGCACAAUUGGGUGUCACGCAGGGCUGACCAGGGGCCCAAGACCAUCGAGCAGAUCCACGAGCAGGCUAAACUUGAGGAGCAGGAGGAGCAGAGGAAGGUGCACCAGCAGCUGCUCUCCAAGGACAACAAGAGGAGGCCAGAGCGGCGGGACCCGCAUGGCGCGAGGGACGAGACAUGGAACACCGUACCCGUGACCAACAACCGCCGUGCCAUUGACCCCACCAAGAUCCCCAAGAUCUCAAAGCCACAGUUAGAUGAGAAGAUCCAGUUGGGGCCAAGGGCCCAACUCAACUGGGUGAAGGGUAGCAGUGGAGGAGCCAAGGCUAGUGAUCCUGACUUGUCCCGCUCUAGUAGCAAUAGCCUGAACCGGUUCUCGCCGCUGCAGUCAACUUCAACCCCAACCGCACUGCCUGCACCCCCGACCCCUGAUCCUGACUCCAGACCGCUUCUAGCAAGCCGGGGCCACACUGGUCGUGAACGGAGCGAUAGGCCUCUCAGUUCGGGUCCCUCGAGACCGGCGCCCCUGAGUCACGGCGGAGGUGGUAACAGGGAGCUGGCGGAGGGGAUGGUUGCCGAGGAGACCCACGAGGACGCCCUCUCCAUUCCACACAAGGCUAACGUCUCAGGGGACAGGAGUCGCGAAGCCAUAAAAACAGAGAGCCCGGUAACGGUGGCUCCGGUGAAGCCUGUCCUGUCUGAGGAGGAGCUGGAGAAGAAGUCCAAAUCAAUCAUCGAUGAGUUUCUGCACAUCAGCGACUACAAGGAGGCAGUGCAGUGUGUGGAGGAGCUCGAGCAGGCGUCACAGCUGGCUGUGUUCGUACGGGUAGGGGUGGAGUCAACGCUGGAGCGCAGCCACAUGGCACGGGAGUACAUGGGCCAACUCCUGUACCAGCUGACCCAGAAAGGCAGCCUGCCCCGAGAACAGCUCUACGCAGGGUUUGCGGAGACACUGGAGAUGGCAGAAGACAUGUCUAUAGAUGUCCCUCACAUAUGGUUGUACCUGGCUGAGGUGUUAUGCCCUCUUCUCAGGGAGGGAGGCAUUCCCCUAAAGGAGCUGUUUAGUGAAUUAAGUAAACCCUUACUUCCAGUGGGAAGAGCUGGCAUUUUGUUCUCAGAAAUACUACACCUACUAUGCAAGCAAAUGAGCCAUAGGAGAGUGGGAGGUUUGUGGAGGGAGGCUGGCCUGAACUGGAAUGAUUUCCUCUCAGAAGACCAGGAGCUGCAGAGCUUUAUCUCGGAGCAGAAGCUGCAGUUCACAUUGUCUGAUGUUUGCUCCGCCUCCUCUAAGACCCGCCUCUCCCCAGAUGAGCUACACUUGCAGCUUGAGCACCUCCUACUGGAGGACAUGGCCAGUGAUGAGCAGAUCUUCGACUGGGUGGAGGCCAAUUUGGAUGCAUCUCAGAUGAGCUCCACGGCAUUCCUCAGAGCGAUCACGACUGCGGUAUGCAAGGCGGCGGUUAAAGAUGAAAACACCUCCUGCAGAGUGGACACAGGUGCCAUUCGGAAGCGCCUGCCCGUGUUACACAAGUACCUGAACUCUGACACGGAGCGACAGUUACAGGCGCUUUAUGCGCUGCAAGCUUUAAUAGUGGCCUUGAACCAACCACCCAAUUUGCUGCGGAUGUUCUUUGACUGCCUCUACGACGAGGACGUGAUUUCAGAGGACGCCUUCUACCAGUGGGAAUCGAGCACAGACCCGGCGGAGCAGCAGGGGAAGACUCCAGCGCUCAACUCCGUCAUGGCCUUCUUCACCUGGCUGCGCGAAGCGGACGAGGAGUCCGAAGACAAUUGAGCCCUGGAGGCACGCUGCCGGGAUACGUUCAAACUCUACAUCCUCGUAACUCGGGACAAACUAGUUAGCCACAUGCCCCCCCUGGUGGCCAGACACAGACACAGACGCGGUAGUGGCUGACUUUAACGCGGUACGACUUCGGAAAGCUCCGUAAAGUUGUGUUCGCAUUCCUGUGCCAGGAAUGGCUGAGCAGUAGAACCGUGUAUCAAAUAUAGAAAAUAUUUUUUUCAUUUUAAAAAUCAACAUUUUCUUGUUCCUUUUGUUACUUUUAAGGAAAAGAAUUAAAAGAAAUAGGUCCUGAAUUCGUUAAUUUAUUAUUUUUUUAAAAGACUGCAAAUAUGGGAGUCUAUUUAAAAUUUGCAGGUGCUCAUGAUAAGAGCAUUGAUAGAAAUAACAAAAAUAAAUAAUUAUCUUAAUAAUAAUGAUUAUUAAGAAAUAUGUAAUUAGCCUACAAUUUGUCUGGCUUGCAUCUGUGUUGAAGAGAAGGGAAAGGUUUAGUAUGAAUGGCAAGAGACAGAAGAAACCGACUGUUUGGUACCUCUGUGCUCAGGUCUCAGGUUCUCUGGAGUGGGACCAGUGACUGUUUCUGUUGCUCCGUCUUGCUCAUUGUGGAAAGUGGUUAAUUUCCCCCCCCCC